CCCUGACCCUGGCAAAUGUCGCACGGCAGCCCCUGUUGGUUUCGUACUGCGAUACUUUAAAAAUGUUUCCAGGGCCGCGGGUAACGGAGUCGGACUUCGGACUUGAUAAUGCUCACCUCCCUUACCUAACAGUGCUAACAACGUUUUAUUCUCAAUUCCUUAGCGUAUCCGCGGGCAAUGACCCCAACUUUUGAAGACUGUGCACAUCGGACUCAGCGACAUGAGCUGAAAUCUGGAGUUGAUACGCCUGUUCUGCCGGUGGGAAGCUAAUAGUAAAACUCAAGGAAAGGAGAGCCUGCCCCGCGCUGCUCGUUUGCCAGGCAUAACCCAGUCCCUCACUCACUUCCCGGACCUUUCUACGUAGGACUCCCCGCGGCUAAAUCGCGUCUUUGCUUGGUCAUUCCUGGGGAAAACUGCACCAUGUCAGUGCUCGACGUCUGCCAGUUGCGUGGGCUGUCGGCCGAUCGCAAGUCCGCUCCUCUGAUCCGAAUUCCGGCUACUUGUAGAGCAGCUACGGCUGAAGCGGCUCACUCUGUCUACCAUUCUCUGCGAUUCGGGUUUCGAGAAUGGGCAUCUGAUACUCGAGUCAGCGGACGAAAUGUGCCGUUACGGGCGGCGUUGAAGAUCAGUAAGAGAUUCCGACGGAACGACCAGUCUUUUCUGCCGUUUCCUCGACAAUUGAUCCCUUAUGUCUUCUUUCCUUUAGCACAGAGCCCUCGCUUCAACGCCAACAUUGUGUAUUUGCUUGACUUGACGAUCUUCAUUUUCUUGUUUCGUGUGUUUUCGUGGAAGUCUGGAGACGUGUACGGAGUAGAGAAAAUGGCCAUUGCUCCCUGGUCCGUGCGGAACUGAGUCUGGUCUCAAAGGCGGAUGAUUCCGAUUGC